AUUGUUGAUUUGAGUUAAAAGUGGUUAUUUCACAUCAAUUUGAGAAACAAUCUGUAUAAAAAUUAAAUAGUGCCUCUGUAUUGUAGCAACAAUUAUUGGCUGCGAUGAGUGAAAAUCGCAGCAUGGCCGAAAUUAGGGAGGACGGACUGAACGAGUUGGAGAACUUGGUGUUUUCGGAAAUAUGUCGCUGCUGUAUGGCCAGCAAACCACGUAUGAAACCGCUGUUCUCGCUGAACCUCGACAAAAUGCUGUGCGCCGUAACGGGGAUUAAAGCGGUCCCGAGCGAUGGUUUACCGGUGCAGCUUUGCGUGCCGUGUGUGCUGGAGAUUCGGCGGGCGCACUUCUUCAAGUUGCAGUGCGAAACAACGGAACAGAAGCUACGCGGUUACUUGAACCAGUCACGGUUUCUCAAUGCGAUGGAAAAAGAGUUCCAGGCGGAAACGGAGCAGACCGAACCGAACCACCAGAAUGAUCCACCGAUUCCGGUAGUAUUUGCAAGGAAAAAACCGACGACUCAACCAACGGUGAACCGUGGCGGAGUGGAACAACAAGCGCAACUAGCAGCAGUUCCAUCGCAGGUCGCCACGCAGCUGCCGGCGACAGUAGAAACGGUGGCUGGUGGCGCGAAGGAAUGCCCGAAGUGCUUGAAGGAGUUCGAAACGGAGAAAAAAAUGAAACGCCACUUGCGGAUACACCUUACGGACCGGCCACACCAGUGCACCGAGUGCGACAUGUCGUUCGUGGAGAAGUCCAACCUGAGUAAGCACAUGCGGAAGCACACGGGUGAGCUGCGCAACUUGGUCUACAAGCCGCACCUCUGUCCGGAGUGUGGCAAAUCGUUCAAAUACGCCACCUCGCUGUCCCGGCACAAGCGCAUGCACACGAAACGCAACGUCUUCACCUGCCACAUUUGCGACAAGUUCUACCUCGAGCAGAACACCCUGAACGUCCACAUGCGGACGCACACGAAAGAGCGCCCGUACUCGUGCAGCAUCUGCGACAAGCGGUUUUCGCAAAAACCCAACUUGGUGCGGCACGAGCGCACGCACACGGGCGAAAAACCAUUCAGCUGUGACCAGUGCCUCAAGGGAUACUCGCAGAAGAGCUACCUGGUGGUGCACAAACGAAUCCACGCGAGGGAAAAACCGUUCGACUGUCCGGACUGCACGAUGGCGUUCGUUUCGCGGAACGCUCUGAUGAGGCACCAACGCUCGGCGUGUUCCGUUCACCCGUAUCGCUGCACUCUCUGCAAGAAAACGUUCCGCUACAAGAAAAGCCUGCGGGUUCACCGGCAGAACCAUCUGCUCGAGAGUCCGUUUGUUUGCGAGUACUGUCCGGUGCGCUGCAUAAGUUGGAAGAAGCUACAGAUCCACACGAAAAAGUUUCACAUCAAGGAUCACAUAGCUGUCUCGAGGUCUGCCGUAAAAGCCAACUACAGCAAUAGAGCCCACAAACGAGGUGCAAACGUGCACUCUGAAGGCGAGGAGGCGUACGAGAUAGUGGAGGAAAACGUCGAUGCAGCAGGCUGUGCCGAAACUGGCCGUCCGGUGCAAGGUUCCGAGUGUAGCGCAACGAACGGUGGCGAAACGGUUACUUAUGACGAAUACGAGUACGACGAGGAUGGUUACACAAUCGAAUAUGUGGACACGAACGACUCGGAGAUGAGGAAGGAACCACUGUUGGACAUCCAAAUUAUGAACCCUGGCGAGGUGGGGUCCGAUAUAGAGCAAUGA